AUGUUGUACUUGAUUGGCCUCGGGCUUUCGCACGAAACCGACAUCACCGUGAGAGGACUCGAAACCGUGAAAAAAUGCAAGAGGGUCUACCUUGAGGCGUACACGUCCAUUCUUAUGGCUGCGGAUGUCGCUAGUCUAGAAAAAUUCUACGGCAAGGAGGUGAUUCUUGCCGACAGAGAGCUCGUGGAGACGGGCGCAGACCAGAUUUUGGAGGGCGCCGACCAGGACGAUGUGGCGUUUUUGGUCGUGGGCGACGUUUUCGGGGCCACCACGCACACGGACUUGGUGCUCAGAGCCAAAGAGCUAGGAAUCGCGUACGAGUCCAUCCACAACGCCAGUGUGAUGAAUGCAGUCGGGGCCUGCGGCUUGCAGUUGUACCAGUUCGGGCAAACCGUCUCUCUUGUGUUUUUCACGGAGUCGUGGAAGCCGGACUCCUUCUAUUCCAAGGUGAUGGAAAACCGCAAGAUCGGCUUGCACACGUUGCUUCUCUUGGACAUCAAGGUGAAGGAGCAGAGCAUCGAGAACAUGGCGCGCGGCAGGCUCAUCUACGAGCCGCCCAGAUACAUGGAUAUUGCCACAGCCGCACAGCAGCUCUUGGAGACCGAGGAGAACCGACAGGAAAACGCCUACACGCCCGAGACUCCGUGUGUGGCGGUGUCGCGUCUCGGCCUGCCCUCGCAAACUUUCAAGGCCGGCUCGUUGCGGGAGAUGGCCAGCUACGAUGCGGGCGAGCCGCUCCACUCGUUGAUCAUGUUGGGCCGGCAGGUGCACGACCUUGAGUUGGACUACUUGUGCCAGUUUGUCGACGACAAGGCCGCGUUCAGGAAGUUGGUGGAGGCGGACCAGGAGUGGUUCAAGCCGCCUGCGUGGGUGCCGGCCGAGGAGGAGGACAUGAGCGACUAG